CACUCCCUAAUGAGUUGUCAAAGAGACCAAGGAGCAGAUAAAUGUACAUUUGACCAAAAAGUAGGAUUUUAAGCGGAUGUGGAAAGAAAAGGAGGGGUUGCACGAUGCUCAGCUCAACUUAUGCUCCACAAUAUUUCAGAGAGCCACACCUCAGCUUCCUUAAAAAGUUUUAGUUUUUAAAGCCCAUACAAGCCACGACCAAAAAUUGUAUCAACGCUUACUGAGGACAGGCUGCUCAUCUCUCGUUCAGAAAAGGAAGCCUAUACUCACACGUCUCGUGGUUGAACUGAAAGCUGUCAAUGACACUGGUUUGAGAGGGUGGUUGUUAGUCUUCCCCAUAUGAGAAGUCACAGACACAACUGAGGACCUGAUGGGACGUUAUAACACUAAGAAGACUGGACUCAGAUCAAUGAAGAAGUACUUCUUCUUCCUCUCCUUUCUCUUUGUUUUACCUCUGUGUCUUCUCCAUGGAUGGCAGAGAAGAUUUCAGGUCCAGACGGCUAUAAAUCCGUCCAGCUUCCGCAACCUCACCAUCCUGCUGUGGCAUUGGCCCAAUGGCAGGUCGUUAUCCCUGAAGGGAGACGUGUGCUGGGAUCUCUACCGCAUCCCUCACUGUAGACUGGUGGACCAGCGCUCCUUGUUCCCCUCUGCUGAUGUGGUGGUGUUCCACAACACAGAACUGGCACGCCAAAAGCUGCCAAUUGACCUUCCACGGCCACAGGGCCAGAGGUGGGCCUGGAUGUCCCUGGAAGCCCCUCUUCACAAUGGAAACUUGCAUCAGUAUGCAAAUGUCUUUAACAUGACCAUCAGCUUUAGGAGAAAUGCUGAUGUCACUGUACCAUACGGCGAGCUGUUACCAAAGGAGGCUGAAGGACAUUUGGUGGCUGAUGUCCCUCUUAAUAAGAGCCUUUUGGCAUGUUGGGUGGUCAGCAACUACAGGCGCCACCACAAGAGAAGCAAAGUGUACCAAGAGCUCAAGGCAGUAGUUCCUGUGAAGAUUUACGGCCGUUAUACCAAGAAACCUCUUGUCCCUAAAUCUCUACUACCUACAAUCUCUCACUGCUUCUUCUACUUGGCUUUUGAGAACUCAAUCACCAAAGAUUACAUUACAGAAAAAUUGUGGAGGAAUGCUUACCAAGGUGGGGCGGUGCCUGUGGUCCUGGGACCGCCAUUAGGCGACUACAAAUCUGUGGCUCCACCUAAUUCUUUCAUCCAUGUUGAUGAGUUCUCAUCAGUCAAGGACUUAGGAAAGUAUCUACAACAGCUUGCAGAGGACAAGAAACGCUACAGUGAAUAUUUUGCUUGGAAACGUCAGUGGAACGUAAAGUUGUACAAAGACUGGAGGGAGAGACUGUGUAAGAUCUGCUUACAGUACAACAAUUUACCUACGGAGAAAGUUUACCCCAACCUAGAAGCCUGGGUAAAUGAUAAUAACAAUUGAGCUUGCAUUUUCAUGUGUCGCUUACAUUUUUGGAGAAUAAGCAUCCUUGAGAUUACCGAAAAUAUUUUGAAGGGCACUUUGGAAAUAUGGUUAAGUUACAUACUGUACUUAAGAUAUAAACAUCAGAACAAUUUGAUCUCAAUUAAAGUUAAAUCAGCUUGACUGGGCUCUAUUCUACCAAAUUAUAAAGCUUGGAGUCUUCAAAUACGAAGUAAAUAUUGGCAGGGCAGCAUUAUUCAAAAGGCAGGCCUGCUGAAGUAUUUGGGCUUGGAGAUGUCCAAGACUUUUCUUUACAAUAGUUUUGUCUGGUCUAUGGUUAAUUUCAUGUCAAACGUCCCUUUCCAAAUUAAAAGAUGGCUUACUAAGUGAA